UUGUUGUUCCGACAAGACGGGAAAAUGGAUAGACGACGUCGGAGACACAGCAAGGCCAAAGCUUCGUGUUCCGAAGAAGUAAGUAGCAUCGAAUGGGAAGCUGUGAAGAUGUCGGAGGAAGAAGAAGAUCUCAUUUCUCGGAUGUAUAAACUCGUCGGAGACAGGUGGGAAUUGAUAGCCGGAAGGAUUCCUGGGCGGACGCCGGAGGAGAUCGAAAGAUAUUGGCUUAUGAAACACGGUGUUGUUUUUGCCAACAAACGAAGAGAAUUUCUUAGAAGAUGAUUUUUGUAUUAAUUAAAACAUUUGUCAUCUUUUGAAUAUUCGCAUGACAAGGAAAAACUAAAAGCAGAUGUUGUUUUAAUUCACUAGUUUUUAAUGUAUAAUUAAUUUCUAUAUAUUAAAAAAAAUUCUUAGGAGCUUCAAUAAUUUUUUAAUCAUCGAUUGACAUCCCUAAAAUGAGUUUCAACAACAUUUCUGCAUAGGCGAAUUCUUUAAUUGAACCACCCUUCAAAGUUUAAACUACUAUUCGUAUUAUUUGUAGUGGACGGAAAUUUUGGAUAAGCUAGAAAAUAUGGGCUAGUUCGUAAGCCCAUUACUCUGUCUCAAAGAGGAAACCAUACCUCAGGGCCGAAAUGAAGCCCAUUCCCCAGUUAAGACUUCUCAGACACGCAAUUUCACAGCAGUAGACAUGCAUGCCGUUUGAAUAUUUGAUUCACAGCAAUUAUAGGUGUAGCCUCCCUUAACAAAAAGAACAUUAAUUCAGUGGCAUAAGUCGAAUAAAAAUGCAAAGAUUCCUUUUGAAGAUUCCUUUUGAUCAGUCUAAUUUUUGUAUAAACUGGAUUUGUCAAAUGAUUCAAAACUAUAUAAAAAUGUAGUACUUUAUGAUUUUAUACCGAAAAUUCUCAUACAUCUUAUUACUUUCUACAAGUAGAGUGUGCUUCUAUAUAUUAAAAAAUCUAUAUAAUUAUGUGACCGUGUAGAUUUAAUGCUGAUUAUUGCCCAUAGCGAUGCUGAAAAACCCGACAACCUUUAAUCUUUAGACAAAUACAAUUAAAGUGUUAAGAUGUUUUCCCCACGUGCUUAUCGAAAAAGACUCUGUGUGUUCACACUUGGCGUGGCUAACACUGCUGAAUUAUAGUGGUUUGUUGGUAUUAUUGGUACUAUUAUUUUAAAUUGACUAAUCCGUGAACUAACGGAAUAUAUGAUUUCAGUUUGUCACCUCGUUGGGUAAUCAACAAAUUUGAUCUGUGGAUUUGAUUUGUAAAUAAAGUUCCAAUACUCUCCUAUGGGUUUGACCUGUAAUUUUUGAAAUGAUAUAACUGUUUUUAACAAUUAUUCAUAGUUUAAA